AUGCAGGGGGCGGCCGCUGGGGGCGCUGUGCGCGCGGGGACGGCGAUGCAGGGGACGGCGAUGCGGCGGGCGGCCGCCAGGGGCGCUGUGCGCGCGGGGACGGCGAUGCGGCGGGCGGCGAUGCAGGGGGCGGCCGCCGGGGGCGCUGUGCGCGCGGGGACGGCGAUGCAGGGGGCGGCCGCCGGGGGCGCUGUGCGCGCGGGGACGGCGAUGCGGCGGGCGGCGAUGCAGGGGGGCGGCCGCCGGGGGGCGCCGCGCGCAGGCGCAGAUUCCCCCGCGGCGCCCCACGCCCGAUUCCUGCUGCUGGUGGUGGUGCUGCUCCUGCUGCGCUGGCCCCCGGGCGGCCUGGCCACCGUCGGAGCCCAGGGCGCGCUGCCCACGGCGGCCCCAGCCCCCCCUGCGGCCUCCUCCUGCACCCCCGACGGCCCCUGCCCCUCGGACGGGCCUCCCCAUGCGCAGCAGGCCGAAGAGGAGACCUCGACGGAGGGGAUGACCAGUGCCACCAUCAAAGCCCACAGCGUGUUACCCUCCUGCGGCUACUCCUACGAACGAGACACCACCCUGAGGGACCCGGUGGCCAUGGCCAAGAGGUGGCCUUGGAUGGUCAGCGUGCGGGCCAACGGCACCCACAUCUGCGCGGGCACCCUCAUCGCCUCCCAGUGGGUGCUGACCGGGGCUUACUGCUUGACCCACUCCAAUGUGAACUACACCGUGAGGGUGGGAAGCCCGUGGCUUGAUGAGGUCACGGAGAAGACGGCAGAUGUGCAGGUGCUAAAGGUCCUCCUGCACAGGAGGUACCGAUCGGAGCGGUACUGGUCCUGGGUGGGCAGAUCCCACAACAUCGGGCUGCUCAAGCUCCAGCACACGCUCAAGUAUAGCGAUCACGUGUGGCCCAUCUGCCUGCCGGGCCUGGAGUUCGAGGUGGAGGAUAAAGCUGUGUGCGCUGUCACGGGCUGGGGCUAUCCCAGAGCCGAAGGCAUGUGGCCGCAGUUUCGAACCAUUCAGGAGAGGGAAGUGGUCAUCUUGAACAGCCGGAAGUGUGAGGACUUCUACCACAGGUCGGCCAGGAUCCCGUCCCUGAUUCGAAUCAUCACCCCACAGAUGAUCUGUGUCUCAGACAUCAACAGAGAGGACUUCUGCUACGAGAGCACGGGCGAACCCCUGGCCUGCAAUGUGGACGACACCUGGUAUCUGGUAGGAUUGGUGAGCUGGGGUGCGGGUUGCGAGAAGAGCGACUCCCCACCCAUCUUCCUGAAAGUCUCCUCCUACCAGUCAUGGAUCUGGGACCGUCUAAGUGGGGAGCCCCCGGCCCUGCCGGCCCCAUCCAAACCCCUGCUCCUGGCUCUCCUGCUAUCCCUCGGCCCCCUAGGGGAUCUGUGA